CUCACUGACACCACUUUUCUAGUUUACAAACUGUAACGUGACAGAAAGUUUAUAUUUCCAGCACUAGCGCGGCGUGAGAAGUUUUUUUUAUUAUUAUUAUUGGUUGGUAGGCUACCUGCAGGAUGUUUUCAAUUUCUUAGAAAGUUCCGGGAAAAAAAACUCAAUCUCUACUAACAUAUAGAGUGGCAAAUCUUAGAUGAUAUUUCCCUCGCGGAUCCUGUUCGCCAACGCGUUGCCCUUUCUCUUGUUACGAGAAAAGACGAAACUUAUACAUAAAUGAUUACAGCCCUAAUGUUUAAUUUGUCUUUGUCUACUGCCUUUCAGCAUUAGAACCACAUUUACAAUCGUGAACAAUUGAGCGAAUUUUGGCUUUCAAUGGGGUCGUCUAUUUUAGAGGACUUUUAAAGGAAUUUCAAACUGUUCUCUUUAUAGCAAAUGGCUUAUUAUAUGAGUUCAAGGAUACUUUUAUGGGUGUAAUCUGUUAGCUAAACGUCAAUUAAGCCUUUUUAAACAAAACAUUAUUAUGAUAUAUCUGUGAAUAGGUAAAUCUACAGCCUUAGGAUUUGAAAAAUAGUGAUUGACUUACCGCCUGAAACUAAUCGUACUGCGCGUGCGCAACUUUCUGUUGUUAUGGUUCUGGUUCUUUUCGUUAUCGUAUUUGACAAGCGCUGAAAAUUUGCGUUCUAGCUAACUUUAAAUCUAAAUUUUAACACUGUUGAUACCUAAAUAUUCUUGUAAUGGAAAAAUAACUUUUACCAACUCCUUAAACCAGCACCAACUAAACCUCUUUGAAAAACCUUGCAUUUAAAGACAUAGAUUUCACCACAGGUGAAUAGACAGUGUUAUUUUGCAGUUGACCUUUGUUGUGUUACCACUAAUGCCAGAUUGUAACUAUUAUGGUUUCCACAUUUUAAUGUGUUCUCGAAGUCAGAAUAAUAAUUAGCAGCUGCGACACCUGUGUGAGCUUAGGUGAUGCACGCUACAGUGCUCUUGUCAUUGAACAAGUACACUAAAGCAAUCUAAAAUCUUUUCUUAUGCUACAAGCAUUUUACCCCAACCUUUGUUGUUCUUUUCAAAUAUUUAAUCAUGCAUUGUUAAAUAUCUUGUCCUAAGGAGUGAAUGCAUUUUCCUAAAACUAACAGAAAAGUGUCUGUUACCACAAUACUUUUAAGUUGGAAGAUCCUUAUACAUCUGUCAUUAGUGCUUUUCUUUCCUAAUCCCUCUUUGGCAUGGAGAUUUAAGCAAAUACAGUUGUGGGGGAAUCAGGAUCAUGUAGACCAAUCUAUCCUAUCCUACCUGCCCCUCUCCAAACAAUUGAGCAGGUGCAUGUAGUCUUUUUGCCAAAACUAUAGAGCUGCCACUCAUGCCCAAUUAAAGUACAGUCAGUGAAAGGUGUUUGAACGUGCUCCAACCAUAAGGAUCAAAUACAGCUGCGUGGAUGAAGUAUUUCAUCAAGCUUUCUGUACCUUACUUUGUAGAAAGAGAGCUUGAAAGAUCACUGCAGGCUGGAUGGUUUCUCGUGUGAUUGAUGCUUUGAUUGAUGGAAACCUUGUUUGUAGUAUUUUCAAUGCCUCAUAAUGAGUCUGGCUUUAAAGAUCUAACAAAUCAGACACAAAAAGCAUGAAUUAGCAGCUUUGUUUACAUGACAGUCUAAUGAAUUAUCUCACCAUCAACCAUGAAAGUCAUCUCUUUCAUUUUAGACAUUUAAACACACAUGAAACCGUGACUAUUUGUGAUGGCUACUACCACAUUACCACUCACUUUCUGUGACCCAUCAGAAACACCUGUGCUCUCUUUGUACACAAACACUCAUGUUUGCACAUCAUACCGUGCGAUGACAGGAUAUUACAUUAUCAUACGCAGUUCAAACAAGCGCAUAUUAAAGCAGAAUAAACAUGACUGUCAAGGUAAUCUUGUCUUCCCUCGCUGCUUUGAAUGAGACAGAAGGUCUCAGUUAUUGCCAACUCAGUCCCAGAGCAAUAAAGUGAUUCAUCAUCUAGAUUACGUUUUAACAGGAAGUUGAUUGAGAGUAUAAUCCAUAUUGAUUCUCUUGAUGGAAACAGGAAAUAGCAGAGUUAGAAAUAAAAUUGUGUGUUGUUCCUGGUGAGAAGGGACCCCAGAGGAAAAUGGAAAGCAAUUGCGAGCUGAUGAGUGGCUCUGCCCCCUAGCACCACUCCUUCUAGCCCCACCGCCCUUUUCCUCUCAUCCCCCUCUGAGACCGGAGAGAGACGUCAUCGGGGUUGUUGUGCUCCUGCCACACGACUACACACCGGUGCUCUAGUCUAAUUAGGAGGGAAAGAUACAAUUUAGUCAGCUUUUCGAAGUUCAGUAGUCAACAAUAACUGCCCUUCGCGCUUUUACGUGCUUUCGCUGCAAGCCAAGUAGCUCUGUAAUAUAUUUAAGGUUAUGUAUUGCCAGUAGGAUUUGGAUGAGAGAUGACAUUGGUACUCCACCUGCUGUCAAGUAGGGCAACAGAAGGGAUUUGGGUGUCAGCAUGACUGAUGCUGGUAUUUCAUUCAGAAGCCUCUGCAAUAUAUAUAAAUACUUCGCUCAUUAGGGAGACGACAGAUGUUUGCUAAUUGGGAUCAUCCUGAAACUGGGGCGGUUACUGGGCUAUGCUUCUCUGUAUGUGUAUAAACCCACAUUAAGGUUGUCUUGAGAGUAGGAACGCUGACAAUAAUCCAUCCGUCCUUACAGGCGCGCCACAUCUGGAGGAAUGAAAUAAGACAGAAUCAUUGAAUAAUCCUCAGGCAGGCACUUUAAAUUCCUCGCUAUAUUCAGCAGAGGUAAUUGCUGACAAUGUAAGAAGCUUUUUCCAUUACGGGGAAAGCUGACAGACUGAAGUAUCUUUUCAUGCCUGCAGAAGCAGCUUGUACACACAUUUUGCGCGCUGCCUGAUUUGAUUAAGAUUGAUCUGUCCUCUACAGCUGUAUCCUCGGCUCUGGGUUUUUCCAUGCUUGUUUUUGACCAUUUGAGAGGAGAGAUUAAACAUGCUCCCAUCUCAUCUCCCUAGCUAAAUACACACACACACGUUGACGCACACACGCUCACACACACACCCCUCGUGGACUGCAACGUCACUGAGCGAGGGGACUUUGAGCUCAUUAAGUAGAGGGCUGUGAUAUUCUGAAUCGAGACUGUGGGACUCCCAACCGGCCUAUUUAUAGAAAGCACAUCUCCAUGGCAGUCAUCGCUGCGCUAGCAAAUCGCAGCCGUGGCCCCAGACACCAAUUAAGAAUGAAACAAAUGCCUUUUAGACAGGGCGUGUCCCUCCUUCUCUCCUGCUGGCCCGUACUGCCUUCUGCUCUGGGAGCGGAUCCUCCCUCUGUCUCUUCCUGAGGCUGCGUGGGGCAUCGGGAGGACAGCUCGCAGAGAACUGGCGAAGCCUUGCUGCGGUGCUGGAUAUUUUUAAAUGCACCCCCCCUCCACCCCCCUUACCCCAGCCCUACCUCUCCUCUUCUCCUUUUUAGAAAAGUGCGAGUAAUGGGUAUCUUUUUGUUGUUGUGUAUGCAUGUUCCCCUGUCUGUUCGUAUGUGCCGGGAUGUCAUUGGAUGCAAUGAAUCGCAGUGACUCAUAGAGGGACUUCAGAGAGUUCCAACAGGUUAGAAGAGUGAUGACCAUCCUGUUCGUUACUAUGGUUAUUUCAUACUUCAGUUGCAUGAGAGCUGCGCCCAUGAGAGAGAUCCCGGGCGUGCAGGGGGGCCACCGGGCCGAGGGCUACCUGGGCGCCGCUGCCGCCGUCGCCGCCGCUGCCGCCACCUCAGGCAGCCGAGGCCACGGGACUCCACAGAGUGGGGGCGGGCUGCCCUCGCUCACGGACACUUUCGAGCAGGUGAUUGAGGAGUUGCUUGAGGUGGAAGGGGAGGCAACGCAGCAACUGGGGCCCGAGGCCGACCAGGGCCAAGGAGGGGGCGGUCCCGCAGCCAUGGCAGACUCAAAGGACGUUGACCUGUACGCCUCGCGGGUGAUGAUCAGCAACCAAGUGCCUUUGGAGCCGCCGUUACUCUUUCUCUUGGAGGAAUACAAAAACUACCUGGACGCCGCCAACAUGUCGAUGCGCGUGCGGCGGCACUCGGACCCCGCGCGGCGAGGGGAGCUCAGCGUUUGUGACAGUAUUAGCCAGUGGGUGACGGCUGUGGACAAAAAGACGGCCAUAGACAUGUCGGGCCAGACGGUCACCGUCCUGGAGAAGGUCCCUGUGACUAAUGGUCAGCUGAAGCAAUACUUUUACGAGACCAAAUGCAACCCCUUGGGGUACACAAAGGAGGGCUGUCGAGGAAUAGACAAGCGGCACUAUAACUCGCAAUGCCGGACAACCCAGUCUUACGUGCGAGCCCUUACCAUGGAUAGCAAAAGGAAGAUCGGCUGGCGGUUUAUACGGAUAGACACUUCGUGUGUAUGCACAUUGACCAUUAAAAGGGGCAGAUAGUGUACACAAUGUAUAGAUUUUAUUGAGAGUUCUAAAAAAGAGAGAGAAAAGAGAAAAUAUCUAUUUGUAUAUAUACAUAACAGGGUAAAUUAUUCCGUCAGAUGAAAAUUUUAUGGACUGCAUGUAAAAAAGAUGAAGUUUAUACAGUAAAAGUGAUACUACAGUCUAUUUAUUGAACAUAUUCAUGACCUUGUAAACAAUUAAAAAAAGAUCUGAUCAGUCA